AAAAGUGUGAUAGUUUUUUAGGUUUUUCUAAAUGUAGUGAAGAAUUUGAGCGCAGACAGGUGUGGCAGAAAACUGUGUACCACCAAACAGCCCCUUCAUUUGCAGUUCCAUUGCCGCGACAAGCAAUUGCGGUUGAUGAUUGAGGAUCCGGUGGCAGUACAGCAGACUGCCCGUUCGGAAAAGCGCGCGGGGGCUUCUCCCUAGUCGCUUGGCAGGCUGAAUGCCGGCACCGCGGUUGGCGUUAAACCCGGCCGCCGUGCUCCACGCGGCGCUCCUCAGGGCCUCCUCUGCCGGUUGCCGCCUGCCUCCCCGCAUCUCCUUCAACUCGCUGCUGGCGGCCGCCGCGUCCUCCGCGGACACGCGCACCCGCGCUCUCGCGCUCCCGGCUCUCGCGCUCGCCCACGCCUCCGGCCGCGUGUCCCUCGACUCGUACGCCCUCUGCUCCGCGCUCCGCUCCGCGCCCUCCGCCGCGGGGACGCUGCACGCGCUGGCCGCCAAGUCCGGCUGGCUCGGCAGCGUCUUCGUGUCCUGCGCGCUCGCCGCUUCCUACGGCGGGUCCGGCCGGUGCCUGGACGCCCGGAGCCUGUUCGACGAAAGUCCCGCCAGGAACGGCGUCUUCGGGAACGCCGUCCUCGCCGCUUACGUGGGCGCGGCCGAGUGGGCUCCCGUGCUGAGGUUCGCCAGGAGGUUCUCGGAACUGCGGCUGCAGGUUGACUGGUACACGAUGACGGCUGUGGCGCGGGCGUGUGGCGAGGUGGCCAACGCUGAUCUCGGCGUCCAGGCGCAUGGGCAUGCGGUCAGGAGGCUGGGAGGUGUAGAGGUGGACGUGUUCUUGGUCAGCGCGUUCGUGGACAUGUACGCCAAGUGCGGGCUUAUCAGCCAAGCGGAGCGUGUGUUCCGCCUUGCGCAACAGGAGACCGGUGGCAGAGGUGACGUUGUGCUGUGGACGGCCAUGUUGAACGCCUAUGCGCGGCAUGGACAGUGCAAGGAGGUUAUCCGGCAGUAUGACCUGAUGCUGGCCUCUGGUGUCUAUCCGGAUGAAUUGGCCAUGUUAGCUGUACUCUCAGCUUGCCAGCACGCCGGGGAGGUGGUCAAGGGGCUCAACUACUUUGAAUCCAUGCAUGCAGAUUACGGGCUGGUGCCCACACCGGAGCACUACGGUUGUGUGGUCAACAUGCUGUGCCGGGCAGGGGAAGUGACCAAGGCGUGGGAGAUUGCCACCAAGGACGGCUGUGAUCAUGCAAUCGGCGUGUCUACAUGGGGGGCACUGCUCAGUGCUUGCCAGGUGCGUUUAAAUGUUGAGGUCGGGAGAAUGGCAGCUCAGAAGGCAAUCGAAUUGGACCCUACCAAUGUUGGGAUUUACAUUGAGCUGUCAAAUUUGUAUGCAAGGGCUUGCUUGUGGGAUGAUAUUGACCAGCUGCGGGAGGUGAUGAAGGAGAGAGGGUUGGAAAAGGAUGUUGGAUGUACUUGGGUUGAGCUUGGUUCAUGAAAAUUUUUCUCGGACAAAAAUUGAAAGUGCAAAAUUUCUUUGCGGUCAAAAUCUAAGAUAGUCAUGGGGAAUUAAAUGUUUCAAUGCGAUAAUUCUGACACGAGCCAAUCUAGCACCAUGCUGUUGUAUAUCUGAUACUCCAUUUGUAUUCAGCGUUCGAUAUAUCAGUAACAUUUUUGCUGUCGACUUGAGUUAUGAACAUCUUCUCUCUUGAUUGAUUGAUGAAAUUACACUGGAUGCUCAGGCUCUGAAACUCAGAAUGUAUCUACUUAUUUCUAUAUGUCAGCCAUACCCAUGCUUUCAUAGCUUUAUCCAGAUUGUUAUUUCUUCCUAAUCCAUGUGCUCGUACCUGCAAUUUGUAUCUUUGAAGUGUCUCUUACAUUCCAUAGAUUUGUCCCACCACAUCAAAACUGAAAAACUGGUAAUAGUACACCAAGAAAAAAAAUAUAUUUCAAGGUAAUGCAUUAAAAUUGUAUUAAAUCACCUAUAUAAAACUAGUAUCAAAAGGAUCAGCUGACCAGCCUGAAUGAUUAAACUGAAUUACUGUUCUUUUGAGAAAGAAAUGAGCAGACACAUGGAACUGAGUAUCUUUGAUUUUAAGCGGAGUGGGGAUUUGAACAAAUGAAAGGUGGGCUCCUAGUAGUGGUGAGACCUAUUUCAUUGAGUUACCAGGUCACGGGUUCGAAGUAGCCUCUCCGCAUUUGCAGGAGGAAUGCUUGCCUCGGUUUAUCCAUUCCCCAACCCCUCAUAUGGGAGCCUCAGGCACCGAGUCUCGCCCUUCGAGGAUUUGAACAAAUUACCUUUGCGAGCUCUCUCUCGCUCUACUAUUAGAUGCUCCCAUAAGGGUUAUUCUUUUUAUAACAAUCGAUAUAGUCCAAAUUUUGGCAAUGGAAGAGAGGCAGCCAUAACUCUGGCAUAUAUCAGAACUUAAUUUAUGUGGAUGCAGUGUCCGGCUACCAAUGCUCUAUUUAGGAACUCAUUCAUGUUCCAUGGAUCUGAAAAUAUCGAUAUCCAAGAGACAAGAAAGAAGCAGCACCAGGAAUCUCUCUUUGGGCAGAUAAAGCAUGGUUAUUCAAUUCCUCUUGUGCAAGCAAGAAAGCAUACGCGUGUGCCAAAGCAUGUCCAUUAGGACUCCAAAAUGAGGUUUGGAUCACUGUUAAAGGAAUCCAGUUCUACUUGGGAACCUUGCAAUUUCCCAGAGAUCAGCUAUCCACCUUCCUAGAGCUGAGGAUAGACAUUUGAGUUGGACCAUAUUUUUACUGUGCUGGAAAAUUUGUGGAUGACGUUCUCACUGUUGCAGCCUUGCAGGAAGCCCAGAAAGGCAGGCUGGCAACCUUCCCUGGAAUG